AUGAUGCAAUUGUACCAGCCUUUGCUGCAAAAAUACCCCAUCGACUUACUAGAAGACCCAUUUGCGGAGGAAGAUUGGAAGAGUUGGGAGGAGUUCAAUAAGGACUGUCCUGUUGAGUUCGUCGGGGAUGACCUGCUGGUCACAAACACGGAGUAUGUGCAAGUGGCGGAUGAGAAAAAGGCAUGUAAUACCAUGCUUCUCAAGAUCAGUCAGAUUGGAACCGUCUCAGGCGCAAUCGAAGUAGCAAAUAUGGCCCAUGGCUUGGGCUGGGGAGUCUUUGUCUCUCACAGAUCGGGCGAUACGACCUAUGACUUUAUAUCAGAUAUGGCGGUGGGUUUGAGAACUGGUCAUAUCAAGUCCGGUGUACCUUGUCGCCGUGAAAGAGUUGCCAAAUAUAAUCGGCUCGUGGACAUUGAAGCUGAGUUGCUGGGAAAUGGAGAGCAGUGCCUUUAUGCCGGGUCCAACUUCCGGACAGCGUUCAAUCAAUAA